AUGAGUGUUACGCGAUCGAGCAAUCGCUCAAAGCGACUAACACUGCCAGCAGCAGCAGAGAAUUCACUGGAUAUAGAUUCAUGCAACACUGAAGUCAUUUGUGAAGCACAACGAGUGCAGCAGCAGCAGCAGCAAGCACAAACUGAACAACCAGCAACUGAGACUAUCGCAAGUCGUACUUAUACGAGACUGCAUGCGAGACGAUUGAAACAUCCUCGUGCCAAACUGAAUAGCGCUUUAUGGGCACAUUUUGAAGAGUGCACAACCGAUCGAACUUCAUCCAUAUGUAAGGUGGAGACUUCACCGGGAGUGAUGUGUGGCUGUCGUAUACGGCGUCCACAAGGUAGUACAACAGGCAUGAAGCGACAUUUCAAAAGUAGACAUCCAGAGCAGUUCAAACUGUAUUUGUUCAACAAGAUUCAGAAUCUAACGAAAAACGGCAUUGCAAGUCAAGAUAUUAAUGAGUUCAAAAAACUGCAAGCUGAACAAGAGCAAAGCGCUAGCAAACCAACCAAAUCCCACCAUAUCAAGAAGCAGUGUUGCACUCAAUCAAGAUCCUCACCUCAUGAAAAUCGCUCAACUUCUGCCCCUCUCGAUGAUAGCAGCGGUCGUUGCAUCGUCCCGAAAGCGGAAUCUUCGACUUUGAAGUUCAUUGAAGCACUCGAUCCGUAUGCAAACGUCAAACACUCAUCGGUAUUCCGCAAUCACCUCUGCGAUCUUCUUUAUCGGAGCGUUAAAGAGGCAGUUGAUGCCGAGCUUAACGCCGACCUACCACAAGUCUCCGGAAUUUGUUUGACGGCCGAUAGCCAUCCGUCCGAGUGGGGCGAUAAGCACGAAUUGAUCACAUUGCAUUAUAUCGUUACUGACACUGAUAAUCGUUUUCGCUUACGUAAGUUUUGCUUGGCGUGUCCGAAUUUCAAUGAACAACUCAGUGCUGAAACUGUUCCGGUAGUAUUGAACAAGAUUGUCACCGAUAUGAUGAAUGCAUCGUUAUCGGAGCACAUACCGAAAUAUUUGGUGGUUGAUGAGAAUAGCAGUUUAAUACAAGACGUCGCAUGGUUCCGUAAAAUUCAUGUGCAAUCACCAAUCGUGUAUUUUGGUCAUAUUUUGAGCGCUGCAGUUCGGCUGAAUAUAGUGGUUGGUGAAUUGGGCGUGCUCUUGGACAAAUGCAAGAAACUAUCACUAAUAUUGAGCCGUUCUCCAGAGCACACCAAGAAACUGCAAAACGCUUGUCGGCUCAGAAAUAUCCCAUUCAAACGUAUCCCACAGCCAGCAGCAGCUGGCCUCGAGUGGAACACGAUCGUGAAGAGUUUACGAGCUAUUGUUGACCUGAAAGAUGCAUUGCUGUGGUGGAAAACAAAGGAACCACUGAGUGCUUUUUCAUCAUCCAUACCGACUGAAGAGAAUUUCGACUGGUUAAGGGAACUUUUGAUAGCGUUGAAAAUUUUGAGCGAUUGUUACGAGACACUCGCACGUCCGAAUCAACCAACGAUACAUUUGGUCACCACAUCGUUGCUUUUGAUUUCGAAGAUACCGAAAGGCACGAGCACCAUCGUGCAACGUUUCGUUGAGGCUAUUCAACAUGAAAUCAACGAGAAAGUGCCCAACUUAGGGCGUGCAAUUGAAGUGUACAAUCUGGGUAACUUUCUGCAUCCAAAAUAUAAGGGACGCUUAUUGUCAAUCGGCGGAGAUCGUGUAACGCUCGAGAAAACGAUUGAGGCAGUUCGAAAACGCUUCAGAGAAGAUGUGGAGUGCUUGGAAUACGACGAAAAAUUGUCGAGUCAGAGUCGACUAGAAUCGAUGUUGAGCAGAGCAAUGUGCAACAACUCGACGUCCUCAUCGAUUUGGGAUGCCGUCGAUGAGGCGGCCGUAGCCGAGAAUUUGAUGGAGCUGAACGGAUCGCGGAAUGCAGUUCGGAAGCCGGCAAUCGACGUGGAGAUCGAACGUUACAUCCGCGAAUAUCCACAAGUGGACGAAACCGAACUGGACAUCCUCGCCUAUUGGUCGAAUCAACAAAGUGAUCUGCCGAAACUGACACAACUUGCCCGCGAGAUACUCUGUAUCCCGACGACAAAUUCGAGCGUAUUUGAGUCGAGCAGUGACUUCUCUUGUGCGAGUAAUCUUUCCGCGAAUAUCUGUGAAGAGAAGAUCGAGAAAAUGUUAUUUAUUCGCCAAAAUUACGAUCGAUUAUCGCAUCGAAUUUUGGCGACGGAUUUUGGUGACGAUCAAUACGAAGGGCCGAAAGGAAAACUGCCGGAUCAUACUGACUGUGGUCAAGACGAGCAAAUGGCUACAGACGGAGACGGUGUCGUAAAAAGCGAGCUGGAAUUACCGACUGAAGCUGUGUCACGGGCAUCAACUGCGCGAAACAGUGACAUUAUGGAGUUUAAUUCAGAGAGUACGCCACGGAACUGUGAUACUCUUCCACCUCAACGGCAAGUUGCUGAAGGCUCGUGUGAAGGUGCUGAAAUUUUGCAUGGGAAUGGCGAACAGAUGAACGUUGAUGAUAUCUACAAAUGUUUAUUGACAGUUGGUGCUAUUCCACAAUCCUGA